CUGGGAUUUGGCAAUGUGGUUCUGUUUGGGGGCUGUUAUGGCAGUGAAUGCAGAGCUGAGGACGGACUGCAGGCCUGACUACAUGUCACUAGUUUGGACUGACAGCCGGUUGCAGGCUGAUCCUUCCCUGUUUCGUCUUGGUAGCUGCUUUCCUGCGACUAUCAGCCCCCGGGAGGUGGCUUUUAGCGUGACAUAUGAUGACUGUAACUUCAGGAGACUUGUAACUGGAAAUGAGCUUAACUACACCAAUGACCUCAUCUACACAUCUUCUCCUGACUCGUAUGUCAACCCUUUUAGUCUCCCGGUUGUCUGCUCAUUUGAGAGGCCCAAGGACUGGUAUCCUAUGACUUAUGACCCAGAGUUUUCCACAUAUGGUGUAGAAGACUUGGUGUUUCAAGUUGGACUAAUGAAUGCUGACUUCACAGGACCCUCUGAGUCAAAUGUGUACCCCCUGGGCUCUAUGAUUUCUGUCAUGGCUGCUGUGGACCAGCAAGACCAUCAGCCUCUAUUGCUGUUUCUUGAAGAGUGUAUAGCCUCCACCACACCUGACCUUCACCCUGGAGCUGACUUGUAUCCAAUAAUCACAAAUAAAGGAUGCCUGGUGGAUAGUAAAGUUUCGCGUUCAAAGUUUGAACCAAGGGAGAAACUGUCUGAGAUUCACUUGUCUGUGCAAGCCUUUAAAUUUGCUUUGGGACAUGAGGUGUUCAUCCACUGCACCCUGGUUGCAUGGGAUCCAAAUGGACUUGAUGACACCAAGAAGGCCUGCCACUACAAUAAAGAUCAUGGCUGGGAGUUGCUGGACAACCCUGCAUAUAAUGGCCUUUGUGACUGCUGUGAAUCCACCUGCAAGUCAAGAAAAAGAAGGAAUCUGUCUGAAAAGCAUGGCUUGGAGAAAAAGGCAGUUGUUGGACCACUCACAAUAACGGCCUAAAGUCCUGAACCAGCUUGUGAUUUAUUUUAAGCUGUAAAUCCUUGAAAUGACAUUAAAUAAAAUUUGAAAAUG